UCAGAUACAGAAGGGAUUUCCACAUACGAUACUUGCUACACUCAGAUGGCUAAAACCAAAACUUGCAGUAAAGGUGACUGGGCGGGCUCUUGAAACACAGUGGGAGGAGCAUUCUUUUGUUACACAGAAAACAUCUUGAGCACAGGCACAGCAGAGCUCUGAGAGUCGUGAGCAGAGCAAGAUGGCAAUGCUGUUGCCGAUUCUCCUGACACUGCUGGCCUGUCUGAUAGGAGUGCUGUACCUCCUGGGAGCCUUGCGCAGACGGCGCUCCGGAGAGCCUCCGCUGGACAUGGGACCGAUUCCUUGGUUGGGCCACGUGUUGGAGUUCCGUAAGGACACUGCCACAUUUCUUCAGAGGAUGAAGGAAAAGCAUGGGGAUAUUUUUACAGCACAGAUGGGUGGGAUCUACUUUACAUUUGUCAUGGACCCUCUUUCCUUUGGGACGAUAGUGAAAGAGUCCAGGACAAAUUUGGACUUCUCUGAGUUUGCAAAGAACCUGGUGGAGAUCGUUUUCGGCUACAAAACCUUCGAGGAUGAACACAAGGUGAAUCAUGCAGUCAACAACAAGCACUUGAUGGGUGACGGACUGGUGGUCGUGACUCAGGCCAUGAUGAACAACCUGCAGAAUCUGAUGCUACACAGUCUGGGACAAGGGAAUGGUCUGAGCACCUGGCAGGAGGACGGUCUGUUUCACUACAGUUACAACAUUGUCUUCCGGGCUGGCUACCUAUCCCUGUUUGGUAAUGAGGCAGCUAACUCCUCAGAGAUGAUGGAGAAAGCCAGAGAGCUCGACCGGGUACAGUCCAAUGACCUGUUUCAUGAGUUCCGUAAAUAUGACAAGCUGUUUCCUAACUUGGCCUACAAGACCCUAACUCCCUGGGACAAAAGAGAGGUUGAGAGGUUGAAGAGGCUAUUUUGGAGCAGAUUGUCAACCAAGAACAUAAAUACGAAGCAGAAUGUCAGUGGCUGGGUACUGGACAAUAAGCAGGUGAGGGAAGAACUUGGCAUGGAUCCAUCGAUGGUGAACCGAUUCAUGUUCAUACUACUUUGGGCUUCCCAGGGAAACACAGGACCCGCAUCUUUCUGGUUACUCCUGUUCCUCAUGAAGCAUCCAGACGCGAUGACAGCUGUGCGCAAAGAAGUGGAGGAGGUUCUGAGAGUGACCGGGCAGUCAGUGAAGCCCGGAGGCCCACUCAUCAACCUGACACGAGAUAUGCUGCUCCAGACACCCGUCCUUGAUAGCGCAGUGGAAGAGAGCUUGCGACUUACGACUGCCCCAGUGCUCAUCCGAGGCGUGAAGAAAGACAUGUCCCUCAAGAUGGCCAACGGGCGUGAGUACAAUAUCCGCCAGGGCGACCGUCUGGCCCUCUUCCCCUACACGGCUGUGCAAAUUGACCCAGAGAUCCACCCUGACCCAAUGACCUUCAAGUACGAUCGCUUCCUGACACCUGAAGGGACAAAAAAAACGGACUUUUACAAGAAUGGGAAGAAGGUCAAGUUCUACAGCAUGCCCUGGGGGGCUGGAGUCAGUAUGUGCCAAGGUCGUUUCUUUGCCACCAAUGAGUUGAAGCAGUUUGUCUUCCUCAUGCUCACAUACUUCGAUUUUGAGCUAAAAAACCCCGAGGAGGAGAUUCCCGCAUUUGACGUCAGCCGUUGGGGUUUCGGGUCAAUUCAACCAAGCCGAGACAUCCAGUUCAGAUACAGGUUACGCUUUUAACUCCAAGGACUGCGCUAGAUUUCAAAGCACUUAGUAGUUUGUUUCUGACCAGUGUAAUAGCUAAGCAGUCACUCUGGGCCUGCUCGACAUCGACAUACUUUACAGUACGGUAUGCAGUUACUAGCAUUAUUAUUGCAUAAUAAUUAUUUUUAUUUUGUACUGUAUUAUUAUUUUCCAGUUUACCUUUUCUGCAUUUUCUCAAUUUCGUUGUCAAGUGACAAUGACAAUAAAGAUCAUCUUAUCUUAUCUUACCUUA